CAAAAUACUGACUUCACAACUCACUCUCUUCAAGGCUGUGUGACCCUCAUUCCUCGUACUCAUUUCCUACUUCAAAUCUGUCUUUAAAAUCACAGUCGAAGAGUCCUUGGAGUUUGUGAAUGACCCUUAUUGCAUACAGGUAAAGGGUAUCUGUUAUUUACAAACAUGUGGCUGUUUGGCAGAAAAGGGCCAUCCGGGUUUUCGUCAUCUUCCACAGCUGAGGAAGUUACACAGGGGAUCGAUGGCACUGGUCUCACUGCCAUUGUUACAGGAGCAUCCAGUGGUAUUGGCACUGAAACCGCACGUGUUCUUGCUCUGCGUGGUGUUCAUGUAAUUAUGGGGGUCAGGAAUGUGGCUGCUGGUAGAGAUGUUAAAGAAGCAAUUGUGAAGGAAAUUCCAACAGCUAAAGUUGAUACAAUGGAAUUAGAUCUCAGUUCAAUGGCAUCUGUGAGGAAAUUUGCAGCAGAUUUCAGCUCCUCAGGUCACCCUCUGAAUCUCCUUAUUAAUAAUGCAGGAAUUAUGGCAACUCCUUUCAUGCUUUCAAAGGACAAUAUAGAACUACAGUUUGCAACCAAUCACAUAGGUCAUUUUCUUUUGACAAAUCUCUUGCUGGACACUAUGAAGAAAGCUGCACGGACAAGCAAAAGAGAGGGAAGAAUUAUAAAUGUCUCAUCAGAAGCUCACCGUUACACUUAUAAGGAAGGAAUUCAAUUUGACAAGAUUAAUGAUCAAUCGGGGUACAGCAAUUUUGCUGCAUAUGGCCAAUCAAAACUUGCAAAUGUUCUGCAUGCUAAUGAACUAGCUAAAAGCCUAAAGGUAGAUGGAGUGGAUAUAACUGCAAAUUCACUUCACCCAGGAGCAAUCGUCACCAAUCUAUUCCGUCAUAUGGGUCCUAUUAGUGGUCUUGUUAAUAUCUUUGGUAAGAUUGCACUAAAAAAUGUUCAGCAGGGAGCUGCCACAACAUGCUAUGUGGCAUUGCAUCCACAAGUAAAGGGUAGAAGUGGUGAAUACUUCAAGGACAGUAAUAUAGGCCAAGCAAGUGCACAUGGAAGGAAUGCUGAGUUGGCCAAGAAACUCUGGGAUUUCAGCAUGAAGAUGGUUAAAUAAGAAAAGUAUAUAGCCAGUGGCAAUCGCAUAUGAACCAAAAUUAUGUAUUAGAAUUGUAGGCCCAAUACAGUCAGUUAGAAAAAGAAGCCACGAUCUUAAGUGCUCCUUUAUUCUAAACUUAUAAUUAAAAGGAUAAUUCUAUUAUAUAGCUCAAGGUUUAUUUUAGGAUAAGAUUUGUUAUUUGAUAUGUCAAGUAUUAAAUUGGAGAAUUUGUCCUCGAA